GACGGGCGCAGAUACGCGCCGGCGACAGAUUUCUUCUGCGAAAUGACAGGUGAAAUCUAAGCUUUCUAACAAAACGAUGCAAAACGAUCACUGUAGUUGUUAGCAGCGCGGCGAGCGACUUUUAGUCUCUGAAAUGUUCGUGCAGUGUGGAGAUGCAUCGUCAUGAAGAUUAGGCGAGGAGACCGCAAGUUUGUCGCGAGUUUGAACGAGGUCAUUCGUGGAAAGUGAAUCAACGGCGACCUUGAAGGUACGCAAGCUGUGUGGCGUGUGCUUGGGAGGCAAAACAUGAGGACUACGCCUGCCUGUAAAAGGGAAGUAUCACUUGUCGCGCUGACGUUCCCUCGCGUGCUAACGCUGAAAACGUGUAAACAGUUAAUUUGGUAUUUGUCGUUUUGGAGGUGUGGAUAAAUACUGAAUUUGACCUUCAACGUGGAGCAAGGUUUUCUUUCUGUGUAUUUUUCUAACGUUUCGUGAACACUUCAGUUUACUUUACCAGUGAAAGGAGCGACCUGAUAUUUCUAUAUAACAACUAAGGCCUAAUAUACAUACAAUUGUAUACGUUCACUUUAGAUCCUUCCUAAAUUUUUUAUAUUAGCAUAUUAAUGAUCCCACCAUUCUACAUGUAUUUUUCAUUCCAAAUCGUGAAACAGUGAUUUUUCUGUUAAAGAAAUUAAUAUGGCAGAGCAGAAUCGUCGGUACUAGAAGUUGUAUAAAGUUUUUCACGAAGAAAAAAGUAUAUUUUAUUUCCUUAACUUUUUAUCGACAUUAUCUUAAAGUAGAACACAUUAUCAUUGUUAUAGAAUUUAUUAAAUUCUCUAGCUGAGAGCUACAAAUGCAAAACCGAAUGUACAUAAUUAUGCACAUUCAAAUAAUUGUAUUUUUCAAUGGUCAAUUUCAUCCGGAUCACAAUAUUCUUUAUCAGAAGUGUCUUUUAAGACAAUUUGAUGAAGAAAAAAAUUUUUACUGAAAAGCGAUCGAUACCUGGGGGUCUUAAAAAGUUAAGAAUUAUUCCCAAACAGCACAGAUCUCCACAGAUCUAAAGACAUUUUGAGAACGUCCCUACGUCUGGAGAAUGUCCUCAGAAUCAUCUGGACGAUCUUAUGCUGUCUGGAAUUAGGUAUGAUUGCACGAUCGUUUCCGGUCGUAUUGUAGCGGGCGGUAUAAGUGAACGAACUGUAUUUUGUCAAUAAUCGAGGGUAAUCGGGAAUAACGAGUGAAAUUUGAAGUGAUCUGUCUCGGCGAAAAUUUGAAUUCCAAUAAUGUCAAGAUGUCGUAGGCUCGUCGUGUCCCCCAGGACGCGAUGACGAUUCCUACGAAGGCAGGCGAGUGUCCGUUCCGAUACCGGUACUCUGUGACUCACUGCGGAGUCGUUUCAGUGCGCGACGGACUACGAAGCCGUCGACAUCGUUGGGCGCAUGUGUUCGCGUUUCUCGGCUUCGCGUCUCUCUCGUGUGUCUUCAUCAUUGGCGAGGAUUGAACGGGAUCGGCUGAGUGAUCUAGUGUGACCGUUGUUCUUCGUGUUGUUGUGAGUUAUGUGUGUAAACGUGGCACGAAGCGGCUGAAGGUGAUUACUCGGUCAGGUGAUCAUUCGAGACGAUUCGUGGGACUGAUAAUUUCGACGAUAUGGUGUACCACUGGCAGAGUCAAAAUGUCAAGGUUUCCGGCGUGGACGACAUGGUCCUCCUUCCAAAGAUCAAUGAGGACGCUAUUAUCGAGAACCUCAAAAAGAGAUACAUGGACGAUUAUAUAUUCACAUGCAUCGGACCCGUGCUGGUAUCGAUCAAUCCCUUCAAGCAGAUGCCGUAUUUCGGGGAGAAGGAGAUCGAAAUAUACCAAGGCGCGGCACCGUACGAAAAUCCACCGCACAUCUAUGGUCUGGCGGAUGAGAUGUACAGAAACAUGCUGAUUGACAACGAAAGCCAGUGCGUUAUUAUCAGUGGCGAAUCCGGCGCCGGAAAGACGGUCGCCGCAAGAUACAUAAUGUCCUACGUGACGAGAGUGAGCGGCGGUGGCGACAAAGUACAAGGAGUGAAGGAUAUAAUUUUGGAAUCGAACCCGCUGUUGGAAGCUUUCGGCAAUGCAAAGACCAUAAGGAACAACAACAGCAGUAGAUUCGGAAAAUACGUCGAGAUGCAGUUUGGAUCGGGCGGUCAGCCGAAUGGAGGCAAAAUCUCGAAUUUUCUCUUGGAAAAAUCGAGAGUAAUCUGCCAUAAUCCCGGCGAACGAAAUUUCCAUGUAUUUUAUCAGCUGGCGACGGGCGCUAAUGAGGCGAUGAAAUCUGAAUUUGGAUUAACGGACCUCAACUAUUAUCAAUAUUUAAGUUACGGUGGCAAUCAUAGAGUGGACGGCACGAACGACGCUCGUGAUUUUCAGGACACUCUUAAAGCAUUGAGUGUCAUGGGAAUAAAAGACGCAGAAAUGAUGGAUAUAUUCCGAGUGGUAGCUGGAAUUCUUCACGUGGGAAACAUACAGUUUGCGGAGAAUGGCAAUUACUCGCAAAUAGCCGAUGAACAAUUUCUCGAGUUUCCAGCUUACCUCUUCGGAAUCUCGGUGGAGCAGCUGUCACACAAGUUAAUCUCGCGGGAAUUCGAGUCGAAAUGGGGAAGUCAAUCGGAGAGCGUGGACGUGACGUUGAACGUGGAGCAGGCGCUUUAUGCGAGGGACGCUUUAGCCAAGGAUAUUUAUGCCAGGCUUUUUGACUAUUUAGUCAAGAGAGUGAACUCGGCUAUGGAGACAAACACGGACGGAUACGAGAUAGGCAUUCUGGACAUAUACGGCUUUGAGAUCUUCGACAAAAACGGCUUCGAGCAGUUUUGCAUCAAUUUCGUGAACGAGAAGUUACAGCAGAUCUUCAUCGAGCUCACGUUAAAGGCGGAACAGGAAGAAUACGUUUCCGAAAACAUCAGAUGGACGCCGGUAGAAUACUUUAAUAACGCCAUCGUGGUGGAACUUCUCGAGGGUAAGAGACCACCCGGUCUUUUCUUGGUACUUGACGAUGUGUGCGCGACACUACACGGCGGAAGCACCGGUGCUGACACCGACUUGAAGAAGAAACUGGCGGGAACGGCCGAGCAACACGCUCACUUCCAAGAUACCGGCGACGGUUUCGCGAUUCUUCAUUAUGCCGGAGUGGUGUCUUAUUCCGUGGACGGAUUCUGCGAUAAAAACCGCGACGUCCUCUUCUUGGAUCUGAUAGAGCUGAUGCAGACCAGCACGAAUUCUUUGGUGAGCGAGCUUUAUCCGCGGGAGAAAGAUGCCGCUAAAAUGAAAACUCUCAAGUCCAGACCUACUACCGCGGGAAACAAAAUUAGAAGUCAAGCCAGCCGUUUAGUUGGCCAGCUGAUGAAAUGCACGCCGCAUUACAUACGGUGCAUCAAGCCGAAUGAGACGAAAAAGCCGCGUGACUGGGAUCACUCGAGGAUCAAGCAUCAGGUGGAGUAUUUAGGUCUGAAGGAGAACAUUAGAGUGCGUAGAGCUGGCUUCGCCUAUAGGAGGCCGUUCGCCAAGUUUCUACACAGAUAUGCGAUUCUCACGAAAGAAACGUGGCCUCGUUGGCCCGGAAACGAGAAACAAGGCGUGGAAUGGAUAUUGGGAAGUAUUCAUAUGGACAGAUCGCAAUAUCAGCUUGGCAGAACGAAAAUUUUCAUCAAGGCACCUGAAAGCCUCUUCAUGCUGGAGGAAGCUCGUGACCGGAAGUACAAUAUGUACGCACGAGUCAUUCAAAAAGCCUUCAAGAAGUAUUUCGCGCGGAAAAGGCAAGAACAGCAGAAGCAGGAAGCGGCCGAUCUUUUCUUCGGCCGUAAGGAACGAAGGCGAGCGAGUCUGAAUAGAAAUUUUGUGGGCGAUUAUAUAGGAUUGGAAACCAAACCGCAAACGAUGAGUCUCAUUGGAAGACGGGAAAAGGUGUUCUUUGCUGAAGUCGUGAAAAAGUACGACAGAAGGUUUAAGUUGAGCAGAAGAGAUCUUAUACUCACCGGAAAGUGUCUUUACUUAAUCGGUCGAGAGCAGAUAAAAAAAGGUCCCGAGAAGGGCAAAUCCAUCCAAGUUAUCAAGAGGAAACUGCCGUUUAGUCAAAUCAGUCAUGUGUCAUUGAGCACGUUGCAGGAUAACUUUGUAAUUAUCCAUACGAAGGAAGAUUACGCUAGCUUGUUGGAGUCUGUAUUCAAAACGGAAUUCCUCUCUGCCCUCAACAAGAAAUAUCUGGAAGACAUCGGUCAUCAUUUGAAUGUUAGGUUUAGCAACAAUUUGGAAUUCAAAGUGAAAAAGGAAGGUUGGGGUGGCGGCGGGACAAGACAGCUGAAAUUUAUACAACUUGAUUAUGGCGAUCGGGAAAUCUUAAAAUCGAACGGCAAAGUUCUCGUUGUAAGCAUCGGUCCGGGAUUACCGAACACGACGAAACCCAACCCAAAUCGAUCAAUUUCGCCUGCUUAUCCACGCAACGGUAACGUCUCGAAGUCAAGCUGUACAUCACUGAAAUUGAUCUCCCAAACAAACGACAGAGAUAUCUUACCGCGUAACUUUACCUCGACUGCAGUUCCGAGUAAUCAAACGACCGCGGCCACGAGGGUGUCUCUUCUUCGUCCAGUGGCAGCGGAAAGGACUAUGACUUCCGCACAAGCGACUUCAAAUAGCAGACCAAACAUUCCACCAAAUCGGCCAAAUCUUCCAGUUACACAGCCACAUAAGGCCGUAAGGAAGGACAUGAACCAUCCCAACAAAUUGCAAAACAGACCGAAUGCUGUAAUGGGCAUGUUUGUUAAUCCCACUGCCGGGCCACGUGGUUUGCUCAAAUUUCCUCCACCGCCUACAGAACCGCCGCCUCCGCAUGAACCUACAGGAUUCAGACUGCCACCCCUCAAUAGUGAAAAUAAUAAGGUUUCUGAUCAUCUCAAUAAAGGGAUGCAAACGAGUCAAGAAUGGAACGUUAGGGAAUUCAAUGACGCGACGACGCGUGUAAGAAAAAAGGAGGAGAACGCUGCGUACGCGAUAGCUAAUAGAAAAGUGCCGCCUCAAAAACCAAUACCACCAAGUUUGCCGAAGGUUAAAGCUUUGUACGACUAUGAGCCGCAGGAUCUCGACGAAUUAAGGCUUAAGGAAGGCGACAUCAUAGAAGUACUCAAAGAACAUGAGGGUGGUUGGUGGCAUGGAAGACUGAAAGGAAAAACGGGUCUAUUCCCUUCGAAUUACGUAGAAAGGUUGUGAACUUUGUAAUCGAUAUAGAGCAGCUUUUAUCAAACUUUGAUCAAACUAAUCGAUAACUGUCAUUAUAUGGUAGCCUAAAACCGAUUUGAUAACACUCAUUAAGAUACUAUAACUUAUGUUGUUAUCUAUGUUCACCAGCAUAAAAUUAUAAUUAUAAAUAUAAAUCAUAAUUGAUUUCUUGAUUGACAUUCUUGAUGUUGUAACUACUAAUGUUACAUGUCGUCAAUGCUGUAUAGUAUAAUUAUAAUAUAAUUAUUUACAUGGUAUAAUAAUAAUAUAUUUUUAUGCUGUUUACGUAAGAUAAAGAUGCACUCGAUUUUUUGACAUUGGCUUUGAAGAGACAGAUACUCCGGGGUUUAAACAUGAAGCGCGUAUAUCUAUGCCUUUGUAAGUCUCUCUAUAUUUAGAACGGAGAGAUCUUCUUAAUCCACUUCGCCAUAUCUGUUAUUUACAUUCUUCAUUCUUCUUAGCGAUUGUAUAAUCCAAUAACUUAAUGAAAGAACCUUCUGGAAAUUAAUCAAAGGCUGGUAUUCACAGUCGAAUUUUAUAUUUACGACCACUUUAAGUUUAACUUCAAAUGUUUUGUAGCCAAUGAAAUCAUCCGUAGAUUAUCUAAAGAUGAAUUUAAGACGGUCUUAAAUAUAAAAUUAUGAAUACCAGCCAAAAACAAGUUCUGUCAUUGAAAUAUCUGCUGCGUUCUAAACUGUAUCGUGAGGAAAAGUGUCCAAGCCGUUUUGAAAUUAAGUUUAUACAGUACGUGUAUAAAAUAGGAGAUUCUGUCGUAUACGAUAUAGCAGCACAUUGCGAAGAUUUAAAUUGCAAAUACGUACAUGGAAGUUUAGAGUUAUGUAGCUUUGAAACAAAUUGGAUGAAUGCUUGUUGUUUUUGAAAAUUAACAGAUAUUUUACAAUGACAAGUUUAUUUAUAUCGGUUGUAGAAUUAUGAAAUUACAAAUAUCUCAGACUUCCUGCGAAGUGCCCAAAGAAAUGUCUAGUAGCACAAUUUGAUGUUUAAUGUAUCUGAUAAGCAUUUUGUAUUACGAGAUUCAAUAGAAACAUCUAGAUGAUAAAGUAUAUAUAUAUAUAUAUAUAUAUAUAUAUAUAUAUAUAUAUAUAUAUAUAUCGUUUUUAUUGUUAUGUAAUUAAUUUACAAAAAACUUGUGAUUCUUGGAUCGAUAUUUAUAACAAAGUAUAACUAGUUACCAAAAAUGAAAGUGACAAAUAGUUUGUAAUAUGGGCGAUGUAGAGAAAAGGAAUCGACGUUUAAACAAUUAAUUAAGAAGUAUUAAUACUUUGUCAUAGAUUAUAUCUUAAAAGCAUUGAGAAUAAUCUUUUCAAUUAUUUAAUAUCCAAAAAUUUACUAAUAAUAUUUAAUGUUGUUAAAUAUAAGGUAGGAUGCGUAUAUAUGUACAUACCAUGCGAUACAAAAUAAUUAUGUAAUGAACUUAUUUUUUAUUAUAUAUUUAUUACUUCUAAAAUAAAUAUCCCUUUGUGACCUGUU